AUGUUGAUCAAGGUCCGAACACUUACCGGGAAGGAGAUCGAGCUGGAUAUCGAGGCCGACUACAAGGUCUCUCGGAUAAAGGAGCGUGUUGAGGAGAAAGAGGGUAUCCCGCCUGUGCAGCAGCGGUUGAUUUUCGGUGGAAAGCAAAUGGCCGAUGACAAGACCGCGCAAGACUACAACCUCGAGGGUGGUGCCACACUGCAUCUUGUCCUUGCCCUCCGAGGCGGCUGUGACGCUCUCUAG